AUGAAACUGUCCACAAUCUCAGCAUUCGUCACCUCGGCGCUACUGGCGACGGUGGGCCACACACAGUCGGACUCCAGCUCCGUAGACGACCUGGAAGGCACCUGGUCGUCCAAAUCUGGCGCAGUCAUCACAGGCCCCGACUUUUACGACCCUAUAGAUGAGCUGCUGCUGGAACCCACUCUUCCAGGCAUCUCGUACUCCUUCACCAAGGACGGUUUCUUCGAGGAGGCCAUCUACCAGGUCUCCGCCAACCCCAAAGACCCCAAGUGUCCCACUGGUGUGCUCAUCUUCCAGCAUGGUACCUACAACAUCAGCGACAACGGAACUCUGACCCUGGAGCCUUACAUGGUCGAUGGCCGACAGCUGCUGUCAGAUCCCUGCAAGCAGGAGGAAAACGCCGUGUACUCGCGAUACAACCAGACGGAAAAGUUCAAGCGAUUCUCCGUCUACGUCGACCCCUACCACGGACGAUACCGACUGGACCUGUUCCAGUUCAACGGAGCCCCCAUGCCCCCCAUGUAUUUGGCCUACCGACCGGCCAUGAUGCUGCCCACGGUCACACUCAACCCCACCCAGGAGGCGUCGCAACCGGAAAACACUGGCAGCACACGAGCAAAGAUCCGACGAAGCAUUGACAACCGAAAGGUGACCGGCAUCAAGAAGCACUCCGUGGUGGACUACAACUCGCUGUGGUGGUUUGGCGUCUCCAUGAUUGCAGCUGGCGGAGCAGGUUGGUAUUUUUUGUAA